AGGGCCCGACAGUCGGGCGAGGGUUCAGGCUGAGGCUGCCCGGUUCGGUCCAACCUUUCCCGCCCCUCGGCCUCCGCCAUGGAUUCCUGGGUCCGCUUCAGCGCCCAAAGCCAAGCCAAGGAGCGGGUGUUCAGAGCUGCCCAAUAUGCCUGCACCCUACUGGGCUAUGCCCUGCAGAAGAAUGGAGCUGGCCCCGAUUUCCUCGCUAGGAUCAAGCAGCUGGAGGCUCAUCUGAGUUUGGGACGCAAGCUAUUCCGGCUGGGGAACUCUGCAGAUGCUCUGGAGGCGGCUAAAAGAGCCAUCCACCUGUCCGAUAUUGUCCUCCGUUUCUGCAUCACCGUGAGCCACUUAAAUCGGGCCAUGUACUUCGCCUGCGACAACAUCCUGUGGGCGGGGAAAUCGGGCCUCGUCCCGCACAUGGACCAUGAGAAGUGGAGCCAGCGGUCAUUCAGAUAUUACCUCUUCGCGCUGAUUAUGAACUUGAGCCGGGAUGCCUACGAGAUCCGUCUCCUGAUGGAGCGCGAGACCAACUCGAAAUCUCAGAAAGGAAGCUGCAGAAACGGCCCGUCCAGCCCGGGGGAGGACCCCAACCAUCGCUUCCAGCAGCUGGCCCUGAAGCUGAAGCUGCAGCUCGCUCUCCUGGCGCAGGUGCUUCGCAACAACCCUCCCCUCCUCCUGGACCUGAUGAAAAACGCCUGUGACAUUUUCAUCCCUUUGGACAAACUGGGCAUGUACAAGACCAGCUCGGGCUUCGUGGGGCUCUGCGGCCUGACCUCGUCCAUCCUUUCCAUCCUCGCCAUCCUCCACCCGUGGCUGAAGCUGAAACCUUGAACGGUGGCCG